CGUAGCGGUCAAAGUGUACCUCGGCUCUCUGAAGUCCUGCACGUAUACUUCAUUCAACGUCACAACCCUGCACGGCACAUUUUGCAUGCUCAGCGUUGUUACAAAUAGGGCACCUUUCACAUGUUUAAGGCUUCAUCUUGUGACUCGUUGAAACUGCUACAACGUUGAAUUUCUAUUUUAUAUGACUCCAAUUCCUUGUGGCUAGAACCGAUCAAAGGAAGAAACAUGAAGUCCAUCAAUACUGUUAUUCUCAUUCUUGGAGUUGCAGUUUGUACUUACGCUGCACCAGACUGCUUAGACAAGUUAACCGCCGAAGAGUGUGCAGAAUACAUGAAGACAGGUGGGGGAAAGGUGGUAUUGCCACUCACAGAUAUGAACCAGUUCACCGAUGAAAAACAAGCGAUGCUUAAGGUUGUGCUAGCUAAUGUGUCAGACCAAUACGUCAUCGUGGACGUGGAACCGGAACAUAUUCUCAUCACCAACAUCCACUUGUCACCGGAGAACGACAACAAAGUCACUGUGGAUUUCUUUGUGGCCAACCCGACGGGUUCCGUGGUCAUGCCUGUGGCCUUCCGCUCCCAAGAGCUUUAUCUGGUGCUGAAACUCAAUAAGGAAACCAUUGAUAGUAUGCUGGAUUAUGAGGUGAUUGCAGUGGAGCCAGACAGCAGCACCAACCUCCCGUUACCCACCUGGGCCUUGGCAAUUAUCGUCUACGUUGCCCUCAUCAUAAUCCUUGGUCUCAUUUAUUUUGCAACCAAGGAUUUCCGCCGUCAGUGGAGCCAGAAUAAAGAGAGAGAACUUCGUAAGGCUGUCUUAGGAGACAGUGAUAUGGAGAUCGACUUGGAAGCUGGCGAGACAGAUAAGAGUGAUGAGGAACCGAAAGAUACAAGUGAAAAGAAAAUGUACCGAGAUACUCAAGUUUCAUUCGGUGUACAGGUGAGCCAAGGUGAUAUAGCCGCUACGCUCGGAAUAACCUACGCAACAGUUGAGAACAACGGAGACGUUCCAGCAAAAGCCAAGUGUGACGACUCACCACUGCCGGAGAAAUCUGAAAAACCACCUGACUACCACGAAGCGACGGCUGAUGGAGCAGAUGAUAGCGGGGCCUCUACGUCAAGCUCCGACUCUGAGAACAAGAGCGAGAAAGAGGCUACAGCAGCACUGGAGGGCGCUGUGAAUGAAGCGUUUGAGGAAGAUACGCAUGAUCAGUCAACGAGUCUGUAGCAAUAUUUUGGUCCGAUGGGAAAAUCUGUAACAUCGUGGUUUUUUGUUUAUUUUUGUAGAAACCAUAAAACUUUUGGCAAAUGCAAAAGAUCACCAUUGCACAAUCGCUUUUGAUUAAUUUAGAUUAAGAUCAAAUUAGUAACUGGUAAUAUAAGGAAAGCUGAAAUUCAAAUCGCCUGGUGAUUAGUUUGUGAGGACGGCGUCUUUCGAUGAAAGUUGAGGCAAAUAUCGACCUGGUGAGUACCUGUACAGUGAACGCAUUUUCCAUGGAAUGGAUGGUUUAAUUUCUACUAUCAUACCAAACAUUACUCUCAACUUUUUCUUCAUAUCCUUGACUAAAACAGCCACUGCAAACUUUAUGCAUGUAUAUUUUAGUCAUACAGACCCAGUAGACAUUGAACUUUCCUGGGAAAAAUCCCCAACACGUGCAGGAUUUCCCCCUACUUAAAAAGAAAACACAAUCGUACCCAACACUUGACUAUAAUGUAACGCCAAAAGGGCAGACCUGACAAUGUAUUAUUUAUUGCAUGUCAUGUCGGAACACCCGUUUUGUUUGGUUUUUACAGCUUAAUUCUAGUGAGAUUGCUACUGAAGAAAAAUGUCCAUCCGUUAAUUAUUUUCCUGGUUUGUCUUUUAGUAAAAUGUUUGAAUUCUUCAUUUGAUUUGCAUUAAUUUUGUUGUUCAGUUAAGCGCCAAUGUGAUGCCAGUAACCUGCUGGCUUUCAAUAAAAUUACUGCCCAUUGUAGAUUUAUAUUAAAAAUUGAUUUGUGGAUUCGUUGCAAUAAUGUCAA